CUCCAACAUCGAAUUACAGAGGAGCGAUCUAGGGUUUUAGCUGCACAACAUUCGCAGAGAGAGAGAGAUGCUGUACAUAGUGGGUCUGGGUCUGGGUGACGAGAGAGACAUAACUCUGAGAGGCUUAGAAGCAGUGAAACAAUGCGACAUGGUUUACAUUGAAGCCUACACUUCUCUCCUUUCUUUCGGUCUCUCCUCAAACGGUCUUUCCACUUUGGAAAAACUGUACGGGAGACCGGUGAUUCUUGCGGAUAGAGAAAUGGUGGAGGAAAAGGCCGACGAAAUUCUUUCAGCAGCUCGUGCCUCUGAUGUCGCUUUCCUUGUAGUUGGCGACCCUUUUGGAGCAACUACUCACACUGAUCUUGUUGUUCGGGCAAAGAAAUUGGGAAUUGCUGUCAUAGUAGUGCACAAUGCAUCGGUAAUGAAUGCAAUAGGAAUCUGCGGCUUGCAACUCUACCGCUAUGGAGAGACGAUAUCGAUUCCAUUCUUUACCGAAACAUGGAGACCUGACAGUUUCUAUGAGAAAAUUCAAAGCAAUCGUAAUCUUGGACUUCACACCCUCUGCCUAUUAGAUAUUCGUGUGAAGGAACCCACUCUAGAAUCUUUAUGCAGAGGAAAGAAGCAAUAUGAACCACCUAAAUUUAUGACAAUUAAGACCGCAAUUGGGCAGCUCCUGGAGGUUGAGCAAACAAAAGGAGAAUCUGUAUAUAGUGAAGAUACCUUGUGUGUUGGGUUUGCUCGGCUUGGAAGUGAAGAUCAAAUCAUAGUCGCUGGUUCGAUGAGGGAACUACAGUUGAUAGACUUUGGACCACCUCUUCAUUGCCUUGUCAUAACAGGCAAUACCCAUCCGGUGGAAGAGGAAAUGCUUGAUUUCUACAAAAUUAAAAGAGAUUAAGGCGCUGUUUUUUUUAUUUUUAUUUUUUUAUAA